AAAGGACUCCCAACUCAGUGCAGAUUUUAUGGUCAAUUCGACGUUCUGAGGUCGGUGAUUUCACUACUUUGCCCAAAACCCAAUGAGGCUUUUAUCACGGAGAGAGCUCCACUGCAAUAUCCAAACCCUCUUCUGAAUCAUUGCUGUCAUGGCAGUUCACUGAAGCCACAAACUCAAAAGGAAUACAAGGGCUAGAAUUUGUUUUGUUUAUAGCAGUUGAAGAAGCAUGAAAGGCCACGAAACAAAGAUGCCAAGAAUGGAAGAUAUUCUUAGCCUUCCAGUGCAAGAUCCUCCUUGUGCAGAGUUUUCUGCUGCUCAUUUAAAGUGGGUAAAAGUAGAAGGUGGUCGUCAAGGUGGUGAUGAUAUUGCUCUCAUUCCUUUUGCUAGAGUGGACGAUUUUGUAAAAGGAGAAUCUUCUAAUGCAGAAUGCCCUGCUAGUUUCCGUAUUGAGUCAAGUAGGAAGAGACUUGAGGGGAGCAUCAGUAAACCGAGGGUUGAUGGCUAUCUUGAGUACACAUUGUACUGGUGUUCUUAUGGCCCUGAAGACUAUCGAGAAAUUGAGUCUGGAACAGGAGAUGUUUCAAGCAUCAAGCCUGCGUCAGGGAAAGGGAGCAGGCCUGGGAGGCGUCACAUGAUGAGAGGCUGCCUUUGCCAUUUCACUGUAAAACGAUUAUACACCCGGCCCCUCCUAGCCCUCAUCAUCUAUAAUCAAAGAAAGCAUGUAGAUAAAACUGGAGCGCCAUGUCAUGGGAUACUUGAUCAGGAUGCUUUCGGGACAAGAGCAAUGUAUGCUCCAAGAAUCUCAGAAGAGUUACGCCAGAAAGUGAUGUCUAUGCUUUAUGUCGGAGUAUCUUUGGAUAGUGUAAUUCAGCAUCACAUGGAGGUGGUGCAGGGGCAUGGUGGACCCCAUAAUCGUGAUGAUUUUCUCACUCGAAAUGAUGUUCGUAACAUGGAAAGGCUUAUUCGUAAUUCUUCACACGAGUUACAUGAAAAUGAUGAAUGCAGUAUAAAGAUGUGGGUCCAACGCCAUCAAAAACAUGUUUUCUACUUUCAGGAUGAGUCUGGUUCAGAACCUUUUAUCUUGGGGAUACAGACGGAUUGGCAGCUGCAACAGAUGCUCUUGUAUGGAAAUAAUGGUUUGAUAGCUUCUCAUUCAACAUUUGGCUUGAAGAAACUUAAGUAUCCCCUGUGUACUCUGCUUGUGUUUGACUCAUCCCACAAUGCAAUUCCGAUUGCUUGGGUCAUUACCUCUUCUUUUGUUGGUCAAGAUAUCCAUAAAUGGAUUGGAUUACUUGCUGAAAGAAUCCAUACCAAGGACCCCGGUUGGAGACUCAAUACCUUCUUAGUGGAUGAUCCUUCUUUUAAGGUUUCCAUGAUACGAGAGGCUUUCCAGUGCCGGGUCCUAUUAUGUGUCUGGCAUAUUCGCCGUGCUUGGAUAAGAAGUCUUUUAAAGAAAUGCCGUAACUUUGAUAUGCAGCGAGAGAUGUUUAAGCACUUAGGCUGGAUUUUAUAUUGCACGAGAAGUGGGCCAAAUGCUGUGGAUGCAAUUGAAGAGUUUAUGCAAGUAUUUGUUGAUCAAUGUGACUUUAUGGAUUAUUUCAAGAUCCGAUGGUUACCAAGCAUAGAGUUGUGGGUUGCUGGUGUAAGGUCUCUUCCCGUGGCCAGUCCAGAGCUCCAUGCUGCAAUUGAGUCCUAUCACUUAAGAUUAAAAUCCAAGGUUUUCAAUGAGCAACAUGCUAGUUCCUGGGAAAGAGUUGACUGGUUGAUCCACUUGCUGACAACGGAAUUUCACUCCUUAUAUUGGUUAGAACAAUACAGUGUGGAGACUGGGUACUUUGAAAAUUUGAGGGACAAGUCUUUUUUAGCCAAUGCUUGGUAUCAGGCCUUACACAUCGCCGAGGUUGAUGUGAUACUGGAUGAGCAAAAUCUUGAGUUUGCAAAAGUCAUUUCUCAAACAGAUAGAAGCGUGGCAUAUACAGUUUGGAACCCUGGUUCAGAAUUUUCCUUCUGUGAUUGCCCCUGGUCAAUGGUGGGAAAUCUUUGUAAGCAUGUUAUCAAGGUGGCAAUUUUCUGUAAAAAUCGACAGGUUGCAAGGCCAUUAUUGGCUGCUCAAGUUUAUCGGCAGACCUUGCUUACUCUUCUGCAGAACCCCCCAGAUGAUCCUCUAGUUCUAGAGCAUGCCAUUUUCCAGGCAACCCGUUUGCAACAGGACAUCAAGGGUUUGGAAGACUUGUCAAAUAGUGGGUUGCUCCAGCCAUUACCUCCUGAGAUUAAUUCUCAAGUAGCAGAUAAUCUUCUGCUUUUUCCGGGUCUUCAUUGAACAGAGAAUUUAAGAGAUUGAGCAUCUCUGUUUGAGCUGAAUCUUUUCUGCUUAUAUGUGCUAAGUUUUCAAUGGUGCUGUGAAGUUAUGCUCUUUGAUUGGCCCACAGGCAACUUGGAAACGAGUCAGAAUCAAAAUCAGCCCAUGCAAAAUUGGCAUUCGUUAAAAUGUCACUCUUUGCUUUUGUAGCAAAGAUGAAGGGCAGAUUCCGUGGCUGGUCAUCUUUUAAUUUUGGAUACGGAGCAAGAUUUCAUGGAAGGUGAUAACAAAGGUGCAAAUAAUGUAGGUGGAGUUUGGAAGCAUUUUCAAGGAAGGUGCAAAUAACAUACUUCUACCCGCUCAUGCAGUAGACAAACCUUGCUCCAACCUUGAACCCCCUGGCAUUUGGCCAUUGGAAAUCAUUUCUUCAGUUGCAGGCAGCAGGCAGCGUAUGUUGGGAAUCAGGUGUGAUUCGGAAAUAUCUUAUUACCCUGCAGAAAACAAGUUAUCCACAUAUUUAUCAAAUCACCGGAUGCAUUUGCUGCUGCUGCGAGAGAUGGAAGAGCUUUUGGUGGCGGCCGGAAUUGGUGGCCUUGUCAAGAGACUCUAGUUCUUCUCAGGAUUAGGUCGGAGAUGGAUGCUGCCUACCGGGAUGCCAUCGUCAAAGCCCCAAGGUCCCCUUUGGGAAGAUGUUUCUAGGUGUUUGGUUGAAAGAUUGAGGGACAGUUAAAGAUCGAUCUCACAUUGUUGGUGUGGAAGUGCAGAUUUCGCAACAACUAUCUAUGUUGAUGUUGAAGUGUUCUGCAACUGUUAUGUUGGUGUUAAUGUGCAGACGUCGCCGCAACAAAUCUUUGAAGAUGAUAGACAGGGUUAGGGUUUGAAGACGUCGCUGCAACAAUUGUUUAGGGCUUGUUUGCGUUUGCUAUUUUUUUGAAAAAUAUUCAAAAUUUCGAAUACGGAGAAAAUUUGUUUUUUGAAA